AUGACUGAUAUUGAACAAAAAAGUUUAAUAUCAGAAAAAACUGAUCAUCAUGUUGAACAAGCUCGAAAACAAAUCAAAGAUUGGCUUAAUAAACCAAUGCGUGUAUCAAUAAUUGAUGGACGUGUUCUUGUCGGUGUUUUAUUAUGUACAGAUCGUGAUCAAAAUCUUAUCUUAGGAAAUUGUAAUGAAUAUAUUGGUUCACCAAGUGAACAAGAAGAAUUUCGUGUACUUGGUCUUGCACUUAUACCUGGUCAACAUAUUCAAUCAAUAUAUAUUGAAGAAGGACCUUCAUCUAUAUUUUCACAUUCAAAUCCAUCUCAUACAUCAAUAACAACAACAAAUGAUCAUAUGUUAGAUGAUGACAAAAGUGAUGGUUAA